GGGAUCCGAGUUCAUUCUCUCUAACUCCCUUGUAAAAGCACCCGUGCAUUCUCCGUUAUAAUAUAAAUUGGGCUACAGGUGUUCCACCUAAAGUCCUACCGGUCAAUCUGCGUGUUUUUACCCAUCUUACUUUGCCAAAUCAAGCAAACUAUUCUAGACCCGGUCUAGUAUAGUUUGACCGGUCAAGUAAUUUACACCAUCUUUUUUGUCGCCACCCGUGGGACCAUUAAGGUUUCUUCUCCUAAACACAAACCUACCCACCAAAACACCACUCGAAAUGUCUUCCAGCCAACAAAUCAAUGCUGCUUCCGCUCACGUGCAAGCCACCAAUGAGGGUGCCAGCAUCCCUGUGGCUGCUGCCAUACCGGUCAUUUCGGCCCCGGUGUUGCCUCUGGGUCUGAGUUCUGUCCCAACGCCUAGCGUAACCAGCCCAUUCACGACCCCCAUCCCUUCCGCUGGACCGAGGGUUACGUUCCCACCAAGCAUGACUCCGUUCAUGAAUGACCCAGCCAACCUACAAGCCAUCCAGGGCUUCGGUCAGGUCAUGGCCAUGUGCCAACAGAAUGGGGGGAUGUCUUUCCUCCCUGGUAUGUUCCCAUUCGCCCUUCCAGGCGCGGGAACCAUGCCCCUACAAGCUCCGAUGGCGGUAACGUCGUUCCAGACGCCGAUGCCGCAGUCAUCACCUUUCCAGCCCCAGCUGGUCAGCGCCAUGGCCCCUGUCAACUUGGCCGGCGCACUAAACGCUGCAGGGCCUCGCGUCCCCCGCAAGCUACGGAUCCGCAGAUCACUCCUAAUGAGCGUUGCCCAUGUCAGCGCGUUCGCCCGGCUAGGAGAGGUGCGGGAGGCCGAGCCUGCCCGCACCCGGCGCUCCCGAUCUAACCGGCAGGAGCCAGCAAGGACGAGGGCCUCUCGUCAGGAAGAGGAAGCAGAGAGCCAGCCCAGGUUACCGGUGGCAAACCGGUUGACCAUCCCAAAUGACCGCAUCCAGCAGAUGGAGGCAAAAUUGGAAAGGCUGGAAAGGAAGGUCGGGGAAAAGAAUGACCGGGACAAACCCUUGGCGAUGUCCCCGUUCACCACAAGGGUCCAUCUGACACCUUUCCCGCGAAAGGUCAAGAUUGACGCCCCUAGGUUCACCGGGAAGGAAGAUCCGGAAAUCCAUCUGGAUUCCUUCAACCAGAGUGCGUGCAUAUGGGGUACAAAUGAGGGUACCCCUUCUAUGACUUACAAGAAAAUUACUCACGGGUUACGCGAGUUUUAUUGAAGUAACUCUCAGGUCACUCUAUUUUCAAGAAGACAGCAGAGGUCCUUACAUUUUGUUGUAAUGACUGGAAUGAGACAUUUAAUCCAAUAUUUCAUCUAUAAACGUUAAUAAAUGUAUUUUUUUUUCCUAUUCUUUUCUAAAUGUUUUAAGAUAAUAAAUCUUAGGUUGCUCC